CCUCGGAGAGCGCCGUGGUGGGCGGGGAAUACGAAGGCCGGCGCGGGCUCCCGGGUGCAGCGGGAAGGCCGCCCAGCGGCAUGACCCAGUCGGUGGUGGUACAGGUCGGCCAGUGCGGAAACCAGAUCGGCUGCUGCUUCUGGGACCUGGCGCUGAGGGAGCACGCCGCCGUCAACCAGAAAGGAAUUUAUGAUGAGGCAAUAAGCAGCUUCUUUAGAAAUGUGGAUACCAGAGUGGUUGGUGAUGGUGGCAGUAUUUCCAAGGGGAAAAUUUGUUCUUUGAAAGCACGAGCUGUCUUGAUUGACAUGGAAGAAGGGGUAGUAAAUGAAAUUCUGCAGGGACCAUUGAGAGAUGUAUUUGAUAGCAAGCAGCUCAUCACUGAUAUUUCUGGCUCAGGGAAUAAUUGGGCUGUGGGUCACAAAGUGUUUGGCAGUCUUUAUCAGGAACAGAUUUUAGAGAAACUCAGAAAGUCAGCAGAACAUUGUGACUGUUUGCAGUGUUUUUUUAUAAUACAUUCCAUGGGAGGAGGAACAGGAUCUGGACUUGGCACAUUUCUUUUAAAGGUGCUUGAGGAUGAGUUCCCAGAAGUAUACAGAUUCGUGACUUCAAUUUAUCCUUCUGGUGAGGAUGAUGUCAUCACCUCACCUUAUAAUAGCAUCUUGGCAAUGAAGGAACUCAAUGAGCAUGCCGACUGUGUGUUGCCCAUUGACAACCAAUCUUUAUUUGACAUCAUUAGCAAAAUUGAACUCAUGAUGAAUUCUGGAAAAUUGGGUACAGUUAUAAAGCCAAAGAGUCUGGUUACUUCAAGUGCUGGGACUUCUAAAAAGAGACAGGAGAAGCCCUUUGAUAAAAUGAACAACACUGUGGCAAAUUUGCUGCUCAACCUAACAAGCUCUGCAAGAUUUGAAGGCUCCCUUAAUAUGGACCUUAAUGAAAUCAGUAUGAAUUUAGUUCCUUUUCCUCAACUACAUUAUCUUGUGUCAAGCCUAACACCUCUGUAUACACUGGCAGAUGUUAACAUUCCUCCUCGAAGAUUGGAUCAGAUGUUUUCAGAUGCCUUUAGUAAAGAUCAUCAGCUAAUUCGGGCUGAUCCCAAACACAGUCUCUACCUCGCCUGUGCCCUCAUGGUUAGAGGAAAUGUACAGAUUUCCGAUCUUCGCAGAAAUAUUGAAAGAUUAAAGCCUUCUCUACAGUUUGUGUCCUGGAAUCAAGAAGGCUGGAAGACCAGCCUGUGCUCGGUACCUCCUGUGGGCCAUACCCAUUCAUUAUUAGCUUUAGCAAACAACACAUGCGUGAAGCCUACCUUCAUAGAACUGAGAGAGAGAUUCAUGAGGCUCUACAAGAAAAAGGCUCAUCUUCAUCACUAUCUGCAAAUUGAAGGGAUGGAGGAAGGCUGUUUCACAGAAGCUGUGUCAUCUUUAUCAGCACUCAUACAGGAAUAUAACCAACUGGAUGCCACAAAAAGCCUGCCCGUGGAAGAUAUACCUAGGCUGAGCGUAGCUGUGUAAGAAACCCUCAGGAUACAACUUCUACUCUUUCUUAAUUUCACAUUGUUUUUUGUCCCCUUACCUUUCUGUUUGAGAAUUUUUGUGAUUCAGAAAGCCUGUGUGUUUGUCAUAUUAAGAAGUAUUCUUGUCUGAAAGAAUGUUUUUUUGUUGAUGAUACCACUGUGUGAAAUUAGCAAAGUCCUAGUGCCUUAACUUCAGACAUUUGUCUUCCAAAAAGUCCCCUUUUCUAAAAUUGAGAGAAUGGAGUUCUUCGACAUUUUACUUUAUUUAUAGUCUCAUACUUAGGCAUUUAUACAAAGAUAAUCAUGUCUUCAAUAAAAAUCUUGUACAUAAAUAUUUUUAUAUUUAUAAUUUGUUUUCAUAUUCUGCUUAAAUUCUGAUUUUUUAAAAGUAACUACAGGGAGUAAAAGAAUACAAUAUAAAUAUUUUUGUGUAAUAUAUCCACUGACUUCUCAGGAAUAGAUUUUAUUAACAACAACUGUCAUGGAGGUUUUGUUUCUUCUUUGGGUAACCACUUGUUUACACUCUAACAUAUAUUUGUAUUAAAUUAUUUUUAAAUAUAAUGCUUUUUUAUUAAAGCAGUUGAUUUUGUAAUAAUAAAUGUCCAUAUUUUUAAA